AAUCUCUGGAGUUGGAUCUAUCGCCUGAUUUUGGCGAAUCUUGGGAGCUUUCGUCCAGGGGCUAGUCUCGCUUCACCAAAAUCUUUCAAGACUUCCAGAAGUGAUGAAAGUGGAGCGGGAGAGUCGGUCUUACUGGCGCCGUUAUUAAUUGGGCGGGGGCUGUCUUCAUCCUAGCUUCAUCCUAACCCCAUGUCUGUCGACAAUAUUUCCACCAAGUCUGUUGAUGACUCUCUUGCGUCGGGAUGGUCUCUGGCAGACAACCACGAAGAGAAACUUUCAUUCUCUUCGGUGAUGCCGGUGGACGUACGGAUUCGGAACCUUUCUGUACAGGUAGAGGGCAUAAGACAAUGGAAAGAGUGUUUCCCUGGCCUCAGGAAAAAUUCUUCCGAUUUGGAGGCUCGCAGGAUCAAGAGCCUUCUCAGCCAUAUCGACGCUGAUUUUCCUCGCGGCACUCUGACAGGCAUUCUCGGUAGCAGCGGCAGUGGAAAGACGACGCUACUUAACGUUCUGUCUGAACGCAUGCGCGGCAGUAACCUCUCCGUCCAGGGCGAGCGCCUCCACAAUAAUUCGAUAUCCCUAUCUAGUAUUUCACAUGCAUAUGUUACUCAGACAGACUCCCUUCUUCCUACCCUCACAGUUCGCGAAACUCUCACAUACGCUGCAAGCCUACGUCUCCCCGCUACUACGAGCCGCGCACAACGCGCCCAACUAGUCGACGAUAUCAUUCUCGAACUCGGACUAAAGGACUGCUCGAACACAUAUAUCGGGGACGGUGUACGCCGCAAGGGGUGUUCUGGUGGAGAACUGAGACGUGUCAGUCUUGGUAUCCAGUUGCUGGGAAAUCCCUCUGUGCUGUUUCUGGAUGAGCCAACGACGGGCCUCGACGCGACAAGCGCCUUUCAUCUUGUGAAGACGCUGAAGAGUCUCGCGCAGAAGGGCAGGACGGUGAUCAUGACCUUGCACCAACCUCGCUCUGAGGCGUUUCUUAUGCUCGAUAGGGUUAUGCUACUCUCUCAAGGACGCACUCUCUACGCUGGUGCCUCUUCAGCAGCGAUUAAUUGGUUCGAGGGACUUGUCCAUCCAUUAGAACUCCACGUCAAUCCUGCGGACUAUCUAAUCGAUGUUGCUGCCGUUGAUGUUCGCACGGUUGCGGCUGAGGAAGCGUCUCGAAGUCGUGUCAGCAGGCUCAUCGCAGCGUGGAAGUCAGAGUCUGCUGUCCGAUUCCCGCCGAUCAAACAGGAAUUAACGGUCAGCAACAUCGAUAAACGAGAUGUACACACGGCACCUGUUGGCCGUGUGAUACUCACUCUAAUCUCUCGGAAACUGAAGACAAGUAUCCGCGAUCCAUUUGGUUUGGGCGCCACUUUGUUCGAGGCCGUGAUCAUGGGGCUGUUCGUUGGAGUCGUCUUUUACCAUAUUCCUGACUCGCUGGCGGGAAUUAAGACCCGGCAGGGCGUGCUUUAUACAUCAGUGGGUCUGCAAGAGUACCUGAUUAUGAUGUAUGAGGUGUAUCGUCUGACCAUGAUAGACCUCCCCGUAUUUGACAGAGAGCACAGUGAUGGCAUCGUUGGCAUCGUCCCAUGGAUCAUAAGCUAUCGUACUGCGCACGCCAUCCUGGAGGAUAUUCUAGUCCCUUUCGUCUUCUCCGCCAUCACGUACUACAUGGUCGGACUCUCACCCUCGUAUACCCAGUUCUUCUACUAUUUCGCUGUCGGACUUCUCACUCAGUACAUUUCGGUCACCUUUGCGGGCUUUGCUACCGCCAUGACGAGGGAUUUUUCGAAAGCCACCAUCAUAGCAAACAUCGCGUUCAUGCUGCACACGUACCCCUGCGGGUUCUUCAUCCAAGCUGAUACCAUUCCUAUUUUCAUCCGCUGGACAAAAUGGAUUUCCCCAAUUUUCUACGGCUUUACCGGGUUGGUUUACAAUGAAUUUAAAGGCCGCUUUUUCACUUGUCCUUUCGGUGAUGCCGUGACAAAUCCUAACUGCGCCAACUACCGAGGCGAUUUCAUAAUCAGCUCUCUCGCUGUACCGAACAUGACCUGGACAUACAUCCCGAUAUGUGCCAUACUCGGCAUCGCUAUCUCAUACAUCAUAGGUCAAAUGCUCUUUCUCCAUCUCUUCAAAGUCAACGUCUCCAUGCUUGGAACCAAGAAACGUCCGGAGGAUGAGUCCCGGCACGCAUCUAGCGCUCCCGUGUCCCUCACUCCAAACAGCGUCGCUGGCAUCGACGUUGACGUCACGGAUUACACUCUCAAAAUCCGCCCACGACGAGGAAGGGAUAAAAAAAUCCUUCAGGGAACUACUUCUUGUUUCGAGGCUGGAAAAGUAAACGUCAUUUUGGGUCCUUCCGGGAGCGGUAAAACUACUCUGCUCAAUCUCAUGGCACAGCGACUUCAGUCGACACUUCAGACGACCUACGUUGCCGGGGGAACGAUGACGCUAAAUGGCGUACCAGCUAAACCAGAGGUGAUGAGCACCCUGUGUUCGUAUGUAACACAGGAUGAUUCUGCUCUUCUACCAUAUCUCACCGUUCGCGAGACUUUGCAGUUUGCUGCUGCAUUGCGGCUACCAAAAGCUAUGUCCAAGGAGGAGAAACGCCAUAGAGCGGAUGAGGUUAUGCUGAAGAUGGGCCUGAAGGAUUGUCGGCACACUCUCAUCGGGAACGAGUUGUUGAAAGGUAUCUCUGGAGGCGAGAAACGACGAGUGAGCAUUGCCGUCCAGGUGCUCACAGAGCCUCAGGUUCUGAUGUUGGAUGAGCCGACAUCAGGGUUGGACGCAUUCACAGCAGCGUCUAUUCUUGACGUUCUAGCACAACUAGCGAAGGAAGGUCGAACGAUCAUAACGACGCUUCAUCAGAGCUCCUCCGAACUUUACAAGCGAUUCGGCAACGUGCUGCUGUUGGCGAAGGGUGGUCGGGUUGCAUACUCUGGUGCUGCAAGUGAGAUGCUCGACUAUAUGUCUUCGGUUGGGUUUGAGUGUCCUGCUAUGAUGAAUCCUGCGGAUUUCGCAUUGGACGUCGUAUCGGUUGAUACGCGGGAGGCCGAACAAGAGGAACUUGGUAGGGCGAAGGUCAACGAGCUCGUGAAGGCCUUUAAGGGUCGCCAGAAGGAGAAAGGCAGCGUAUCACCGCUGCCUGACAAACACUUGGGGAUUUCAUUAACUAAUUUCAAGGGAUAUGAGAGGAAGAUGUUGUCCAUUACCACUUCGCUGCCGAUCCUGCUUAAACGUGGCGUUCUGGCGUUUCUUCGGCAAAAUUCCUUGUUGUUCGUACGGAUUGGAAGUAUCCUUGGCCUCUCGAUUGGUAUUGGACUCUUCUUCUCGCCGAUUGGAGAUGAUUACCCGAGCAUUCAGUCUCGUGUUGGUUGUAUCCAAAAGACACUUCCGCUGUUCUUCAUUGGCAUACUUCAAAAUGUCGCAGUCUUUCCUGUAGAACGGGAUUUCUUCUACAGGGAAUAUGAUGACGGUGUUUACUCUGUCGAGGCCUUCUUAACCUCAUACGCCUUAUUAGAGCUUCCUUUCGAGGUUGUCACUGCAUUGGUCUAUUCACUAUUUGUUUCAAUCUCCGCCAAUCUUGGGAGGACAGUUUCGAUUUACUUCAUAACUGCCUUGAAUGGGUUGUGUAUCGUGAACGCCGGAGAAUCUCUCGGCAUGAUCAUGAAUACCUUUCUUACCCAGGACACGGGUCUGGCUCUGAACAUCACGAACAUUCUGAUGUCUAUCGCCAUGUAUAUGGCAGGUCUUAUGAGUCUGAACAUGCCGGGCUUCCUGAAAGCCUUGAACAAGCUGAACCCGCUUGGCUACUCUGUUCGCAAUAUGAUGCCUUACGUGCUCCGAGGCCGGACAUUUUCGUGUGGAGAUGACCAACGACUCACAGACGGAUCAUGCGCAAUCAGUACAGGCGAACAGGUGCUCGAAAUCUUCAAGCUGAAUGAUGUUAGCGCUCCUUUGAACCUCUGUGCGGUCGUGAUCAGUACCGUUGUGUACCGUCUCCUUGCUUACGCUGUGUUGAAGCUGGUAAAGAGCAAGUUCAAAAUAGAACGACGACAGUGAUGAAUUAGACGGCAUUUUUAUCAUGACUCUUACGUUGGGAUUUUGAACGUGUAUCAUCUGUAUUCUUAAGCAUUGCAUACAUACUAGAAAUAGAGUUGUGAUAUAUUCAUUGUGGACUCUUAUUCCAUUCCUUAAUGUUUAACUGCAUACACGUCUAUGUUUCGUCGUUACCGAUCCUUCUUGCAUACUUAUGAUCAUAUUUCCUAAACUUGUGUAUGUCCGAUUUUUGUUUACUCAGGUUCUCAAGGUGAGAUAUUUUUCCCCGAUGGUGCUGCUUCUGACUGAAGACAUUUCGAUGUGUUCAAUUUGAAAGAGAAGGCUGCACGCCCAAACCUUCACCCUAUUCUCUGGAUGGAUAAUCCAACUUU